CCUCCCUUGUAAUUACCACACUCGCUCGCUCGUGGUAGCUCUUUCCCCCCAUAUAUGUACACAUAAACGCACCACAGGCUUCCCCGGCCACUUUCCCAUUUAAAAUGUUUCUGAACUCAGCAGCCUCUUUUGCCACACAAAACGCCUUUGUCAGAUUUCCCCACGGCAAAUGGCCGCCUCCACAGUCAUCAUCAUCAUCUUCUUCUUCUUCAUCGUGUCAAUGGAGCAGCACUGUUAACCAUGGAGGAAAGGGGAGCCCAAGCAAGGGCAGCAGCAGCGUAAUUAAUCGACAGCAUAAUAGAAAUCAUAAAGUAAUUAGAGCGGUGAUCAACAUUAAUACGGCUGAGAAUAACGCGGUUCCGGACAACCAGCUGAUUUUAGCAUUUGAUGAGCAGAAGCAAAAGCAGCAAGGUCUUGGAAUUGACAAGUUCCUGAGCGGGAAGACUUGGUUCAUCACCGGUGCAACUGGGUUUGUUGGUAAAGUUCUGGUGGAGAAGAUACUGAGGUCCAUCCCCGACACAAGGAAGAUAUACCUGAUGAUAAAGGCUAAAGACACUGAAGCCGCCCUGCGUCGCCUGAAAACUGAGAUAAUAGAAGCAGAGGUGUUCAGCGUGCUGAAGGAAGAAUAUGGGGAGUCCUACGAGAGUUUCAUGCUCGCGAAGUUGGUCCCCGUGCCUGGAAAUUUGGCCGAAGCUCCUGAACUUGGAAUCCAUCCGGAAACUGCUGAUUUGGUCGCCGGAGAAGUGGAUCUCAUCGUCAACUCCGCCGCCAACACAACUUUCGACGAAAGGUAUGAUGUUGCAAUUAAUACCAACACCAGAGGAGCAACCAACCUUAUGAGAUUUGCCGACAAGUGCCAUAACCUCAAGCUCUUCUUGCACAUCUCCACAAUAUACGCGAACGGUGGGAGAAGCGGCAGAGUAAUGGAGAAGGCAUUCAGCGAGGAAGACGUUACUACCACAGCAGCAGCACUGGACGUCGCAGCAGAAAUUCAACUGGCUUUAACUCACUCUGCUGCUACACCAGCUGCCGACCACCUCAGAAGACUGGGCCUUGAAAGUAAUUGUACUUGCCACACUCUGUACAAGAGUAGUUAUGGCGAAAGUGACAAUUGUGACAUGUUGGCAUUAUGGCAUACGUACUUUAUGUUCGGGCAUGCCAUUAUAUCGUCUGCUGCUACGUGCAUGAGAUCGAUUAUCGGGAUAACAUAUAAUUACUCUUCUUGUACUUUGUUCAUCAUCAGGGCCAGAAAAUUUGGGUGGCACGAUACUUACACCUUCACAAAAGCCAUGGGAGAGAUGAUGUUGGGGGAUUACAGAAAAGACAUGUCGUCGGCGAUAUUGACAAACUCCAACAAAGUGCCCAUUGUUGUACUCCGACCGAGUAUCAUUGAAGGCAGUUAUGCGCAUCCAUUUCCCGGCUGGAUUGAAGGAAACAGGAUGUUAGAUCCCAUUUCUCAGAAUUACUGUAAAGGCCGAAUGACAAGUUUUCCCGGUCAUCCUGAUUCCAUCGUUGAUGUGGUCCCGGUGGACAUGGUAGUCAAUGCAGUACUGGCAGCAGUAACUCGCCAUGGCGCGACGACGGUAGCUGACAACAGUAACAAUAUGGUGAAUGUAUACCAAAUAGGUUCGUCGGUCUCCAAUCCAAUGACUCUGAGUGAGCUCUUCACACUGUACUACCUUCACUUUGACUCUUCCCCGAUGAUGAUCAAAGGCAAACCCAUUCGCCUCAGUAGCCCGCUCGACAUUUGUACCUCCAUUGAUGAAUUCUCCUCCGCCCUCCACCUGCCGGACAUCCCUUCCGGCUCCCGCCUCGGCCGGAGAUUGCGCCAGGAAGCAAUCCGUAUGGCUACUUUCUACCUGCCCUACAUGUCCUUUAUGGGAAGGUACGACUGUAGCAACACAGAGAAGCUUAUGGAGGAGAUGUCGGAGGAGGAAAGGGCGGAGUUUGGGUUUGAUGUGAAAAAAAUUGAUUGGAGACAUUACAUUGCUCAGGUGCACCUCCCUGGCUUAAGGAAGCAUGUCAUGAAGGAGAGACUACCGGCAACAGCACAUGUUUGAUUAUUAUACAUUCAUAAGUUGAUCUUGCCGACGCGAAGAAGAAGAGAGUGUUCGGUCUUGGUGUGUUGGAAACCACAAUCUCAACUCCCAUACAUACAAGUUUUACCAUGGCCGGACAUGUAUGUGAUUUUCACCCAUUGAAUUCACAUUGGGUUUGUGUAGUCAUGGACUUCAUGAAUUGAUCACUUGUGUUGUGAAUAUAGGCAGCCCAUUUAAAUUAGGAAAUGAAAUUCCUAACAAUUUCCCACUUAGGCUGUCUAAUUUUCACAAACACUUAUACUAUGAAAUUCUUUAGGCACGCAACUGUAUGUUGUUUGUACAACGACUACUCCUUAACAUUCUGGACCACCUCAUGUAUCAAUUAUGAAA